CAGACUCGCUCUUCACCGCCGGGUUCAGCCGGAAGUCAAGCAGCAGAGGCGGAACACUUCCACCGGGGAGGAGAUACGCUGGUAGCAGAGGUUGAGGCUCUCCGGAGAGUCAGGACCUCGAUACCCUCCAGACUAACCAAGGAGUUUCGUGAGAGAUCUAGAGAUUUGAGACCUGUUAAGCUCACCAAAGAAUUUCCUAGAAUCAGCAGUUUAUAUUCCAGAGGCAGAAUACAAAACAGAGGAGGACAUUGGGGAGCUUUUGAUCGCUGUAAGACGGUCUGGAGAUACAAGCCAGGAACUCAACGGUCAUUUGCUCUACACAUCAAGGUCCUGCCACAGGCACCGUUUCUUCCACAGCAUUGUCUUUCGCUGACUACAUCUCCCGUCCAAAAGAUCACACCAGCAUCCUCCGCUUUGACAAGGAUGAGGCUGAGAACACCUGCCGGAUCCUGAUCAUCAAUGACUCUCUUUAUGAAGAGGAGGGAUCCUUCAGCGUUUCACUGAGCCUGCCAAUGGGAGGACAACUGCGGGCCGAAUUCCCCACCACCAAGGGGAUUAUCCUGGCUGACCCUGAUGAUGAGCCUGCCCUGCACUUUGGUGUUGAUGAAAGUGCUGGCUCCAUGGAGGUUUGUGUCUGGAGAACAGGCACUGACCUUUCCCGAGCGUCCUCUGUCACCGUGCGCUCCAGGAAGACAGGGCCGGCACCAGCAGAAGCUGGGCUAGACUAUGUUGGCAUCAGCCCAAAACUGGUCUUCGCUCCAGGAGUGUGUGUUGAGAUGUUCCGAUUGACAAUCCUUGAUGACCUGGGACAGCCCAUCUCAGAGGGUUCAGAGAGGUUUGAAUUACUUCUCCAGAUGCCUCUGGACACAGCAAUUGGAGAACCCAGUAAAACCACCAUUUUCAUCAAUGACACCGUCACUGACUCUAAACAGAGUGCUUGUCGUUCUUUUGAUUGAAAGACUUCAAGGGAGGGGAAACGGCUAAAACACAUCUCCUAACCACAGUUUCCAGAUCUUAGCAACUCCAGGAUAUCAAUGGUAUUGAACUGACAUUGGUGUUACAUAUAUUCUGGUGAUAUGUGCAAAUCUAGUUUAUGUAACUGUAUGAAUAUGUACAAACAGAGAAAGGAUCCAGCCGACAAAGGAUUGUUAGACCGUGCUCUUUGUUUUUUUCUAUUUUCUUUUACUUUGUUACCAAGGCCAGUGAAACCCACUGUCCUCAAUUAAAUCAACAGUUAAGAACAAAAGGGUCGACCUUUCUUUGCUGAUUCAUGCUGGACAGGAAGCACUUUUCAACUGUAGAGAGACCCUCAUCCCCUGUCAGUUUUUCUGGUUAUAGUGCUGAGUGCCCUUACUGAGAUUUGCAGAUAAGCCUAAACCUCCUUUUUUGCCAGUUGCUCAGUUUUCCUCCACAAGUCUUUAUCAGGGCUACUUAGAAGGGAAAUCCUUUCAUCAACUCUCCCUUCUUUUGCAAACUCCUUUAUAAAAGAAGAUAAUAAACAAUAAAGUGUAAAAAUGCAAGUAUCACAAGAGAGAACAAAGAAAAUUUAAAGAAUUGUAAAAUCUUCAAACUGCCAAUUCUUUACUCAUUUUAAGCUGACAAUAUAAAUCACCAUUAUUGUGCCUCAGCUAAUAUUACAUAAAUUAGAGUUUCCAAACUAUUUUGAAAACCACAUCUUUGUGCCCCAUCAUUAUCUUUUAGGUAUUUCUUGUAAAAACAUUUUUUAAAUUUCUAUUACAGACAUGACUUAACGUAUUCUCAAGCCAACAUGGCACAUGACAGAAGCCAUUUCAAGAAGUCAUCUCCUGGUACCAGCUCACACCGGUCAGAAUGGCCAUCAUCAAAAAGUCUACAAAUAACAAAUGCUGGAGAGGUGUGGAGAAGAGGGGACUCUCCUACACUGU